AUGGAAAUAGCUACGGUGAAGAUCUAAACGACUAGACAAGAUAAGGGUACCAUCACAUUAUUCCAUUUCCUGCCAACCAGUAUAGGACUUGCCCUGCACCACUGACAUAGGCUAGUAACAGCUUCAAUCAUGUCGGCAUACAUUCCUAACGUGUCUCGAGUAUCUGAACUUGUAUGGAGAGUUUUGGGAGACAAUGCUAGUCACGGUCAUCUGCAAGGGACUAAUUGUUACUUGGUUGGCUCUGGGAACAGGAGAGUGUUGAUCGACACUGGUGAAGAGAACAAACCUGAAUUUCUCAAGAAUCUGAGGAAUACCCUGGCUGAGAAUGGGACGUCGAUACAAGAGAUUCUUCUCACUCAUUGGCAUCACGAUCAUGUCGGUGGCAUUGCUGAUAUCUUUCAAGAACUCCACUUAGAGAAUAAUGUCAAGGUUUCAAAGCUGCCUCGUCACCCAUAUCAAGCAGAAACAAUCAACGGAGAUAAGCUCACAUACAACUACCUUCAAGAUGGAGAGAAGGUCACAACAGAGGGCGCUACAUUGAGGGUUGUCUACACACCCGGCCAUACUGAUGACCAUAUGGUGUUAGUAUUGGAGGAGGAGAAUGCUGUCUUUACUGGUGAUUGUGUGUUAGGAGAAGGCACAGCUGUGUUUGAAGACCUGUAUACCUACAUGAAAUCACUGGAAUUGCUCGUCUCCAUCAACCCCUCUCGGCUUUACCCUGGCCAUGGUCCCAUAGUGGAUGAUGCCGUGCCCAAGCUCCAGAUGUACAUUGAUCAUCGUAACUUGCGGGAGAGCCAGAUCAGUGCGGUCCUUCAGGAACAUGAUGGCAAAGACAUGGAUGCCAUGGAUCUGGUCAAAAUCAUCUAUACCGAAACACCAGAGAUCCUUCACCCUGCUGCUGCAAGGAAUGUCUCACAUCAUCUAGAGAAAUUGCAGAAAGAAGGAAAGAUUGGUAAGAUAAAUGGCAGGGGUUGCAACACAACUCUCCAAGAAAAAAGUAUUUGUACAGCAAGCAAUUGGAGAGGGUCAUCUUAUCUCUGAAAUUACCUCCACCAUUUUAUAAAGUGUACUCAUCUUGAUAAUGUUAUGAUCUUCUCUAUAUACAUGUAUAUUAUUAUAAGCUGAAAAUGGUUUUGCAAAAUAUUUUCUGAAGAUAUUAUUUCAUUUUGGUAGAUUGCAUAUAAUAUAGUUCAGUGAUUAUAUAUUGUAUAAUAUGAAAGGUAGAUAUGCUGCAAUCAGAUAAUUCAAUAAAUCUCAUUUUCUUUUGCUUUCUAUUUUUGAACUAGUGAGGGCUGCUUCAGAUGAGAAGUUCCAUUGGAAAAGCAACUUAUGAGGGCACUGUUUGGUUAUCGCGGACACCGCAAGUGAGGGGAAAUUUACUCCAGCGAGAUAUCAGAUGCGUAUUCUAUCAUCAAGAUGAACAGAGAUGUAACACACUAAAUGAUUUAA